ACUGCAACACCCAUUUUGUUCAAUGCCCAUUCUCGCUAAACCCCCCACCUCAAACGACUACCAUGAACAGCAAGAAAUAGUAUAGCAGCCUCAUCCAAGAAGCGCGCCCACACAACUUACUCGGACCAUGCGUGCCACCUACCUAAACUAAAUUGAUGACUAUGAGAUCCGAGCACACGUUCCCUUCCUCCCCCUCUUCCAAGUUGAAGGCUGCCACUCUUCAACGUAAUAUUAUUGACCACAAAAAUCAGCCAACCGCAUACCCUAACGUCAACGAAUAGUUUGGUCAUCAACACCACCCAACUCUCAGUCAAAAUUCAAAUGUCCAAUAAAAAUUCUAGCCACCAUCCUUUCCCCCCUCCCAAUAGAAACAAUUUCUGCAACAAGUGGACAAGAAAUCCAGUUAUUUGAUGAGUUUUGACGGGAACGGGAUUUGUUUUUCCCGUUUUAAUCCGUAAUGAGGGGGCGAGAGGGGGAGAAGGGGAGGAAAAAGAAAGAUCGCAUUUUUUGACUGAAUGCGAUGGGAUUGGAUGGGGGUAGUUGGGAGCUACUCCCAAUCGAGGGAGAGACGGGAAGACGGAAGGUGGCAGUUAUCACGUGGGGCUCCCUUCCCAUUUAAAGCCGUCUUCUCGGCGAAUGGGCGUUUUGCGGUGAGUUGAGGAAGAAGGAUUAGUAUCUAGAAGGACUUCUGAUCCGGAUUUGGCUUGAAAGGGGAGAUCUUGGCCUCCCCUGUCUCUACUCCGAUCAUGUCUGAAGUCCAUAGGGGACCAGUGAUGGCAGAACCUUGGAGCAUGAAUGGAGUUGUAAAUGGAACGGUUCAACUCAGACAUGCAGCUACACUAUCAAAAGUUGAUGACUUCUGCACAGCGCUUGGUGGGAAAAAACCUAUCCACAGUAUAUUAAUUGCAAAUAAUGGAAUGGCAGCUGUUAAAUUUAUACGUAGCAUCCGAACAUGGGCUUAUGAAACCUUUGGAACGGAGAAAGCAAUUCUAUUGGUAGCUAUGGCAACUCCAGAGGACUUGAGAAUAAAUGCAGAACACAUUAGGAUUGCUGAUCAAUUUGUGGAAGUUCCUGGAGGAACCAACAACAAUAAUUAUGCCAAUGUUCAACUCAUUGUCGAGAUGGCGGAAAUAACCCAUGUUUCUGCUGUUUGGCCUGGUUGGGGCCAUGCAUCUGAGAAUCCUGAACUCCCAGAUGCACUAAAUGCAAAGGGAAUAAUUUUUCUUGGGCCUCCAGCUGCAUCAAUGGCAGCACUAGGUGACAAAAUUGGUUCUUCUCUGAUCGCUCAAGCUGCAGGAGUACCAACACUUCCAUGGAGUGGUUCACAUGUGAAAAUUCAAGCAGAAAGCUGUUUGGAUUCUAUUCCCGAGGAAAUUUAUAGAGAAGCUUGUGUUUAUACAACAGAAGAAGCAGUGGCUAGUUGUCAGGUGGUUGGUUACCCGGCCAUGAUCAAGGCAUCCUGGGGUGGCGGCGGCAAAGGAAUUAGGAAGGUUCAUAAUGAUGAUGAGGUCAGAGCAUUGUUCAAACAAGUGCAAGGUGAAGUUCCUGGUUCACCAAUAUUCAUUAUGAAGCUUGCAUCACAGAGCCGGCAUCUAGAAGUUCAGUUACUUUGUGACGAAUAUGGUAAUGUGGCUGCUCUUCACAGUCGAGAUUGUAGUGUUCAAAGACGGCACCAAAAGAUUAUAGAGGAGGGUCCAAUCACAGUAGCACCUCUUGAGACUGUUAAACAACUUGAGCAGGCAGCGAGGAGGCUUGCUAAGUGUGUAGGCUAUGUUGGUGCUGCGACUGUUGAGUAUCUUUACAGCAUGGAAACUGGUGAAUACUAUUUCCUAGAACUUAACCCACGAUUACAGGUGGAGCAUCCUGUAACUGAGUGGAUAGCUGAAAUAAAUUUGCCAGCAGCUCAAGUUGCAGUUGGGAUGGGAAUACCUCUUUGGCAAAUUCCAGAAAUUAGGCGCUUUUAUGGAAUGAACCAUGGUGGAGGGUAUGAUGCUUGGAGAAAGACAUCAAUUUCUGCAACUCCAUUUGAUUUCGAUAAAGCAGAAUCCAUAAGGCCAAAAGGUCACUGUGUAGCUGUACGGGUAACUAGCGAGGAUCCAGAUGAUGGUUUCAAGCCUACUAGUGGGAAAGUGCAGGAACUAAGUUUCAAAAGCAAACCAAAUGUAUGGGCAUACUUCUCUGUGAAGUCUGGAGGUGGCAUUCAUGAGUUCUCAGAUUCCCAAUUUGGGCAUGUUUUUGCUUUUGGGGAGUCUAGACCUUUAGCAAUAGCUAAUAUGGUCCUUGGGCUAAAAGAGAUUCAAAUAAGGGGAGAGAUCCACACAAAUGUUGAUUACACCAUAGAUCUCUUACAUGCUUCAGAAUACAGAGACAAUAAGAUCCACACUGGUUGGCUGGACAGCAGAAUCGCUAUGCGAGUUAGAGCUGAGAGGCCUCCUUGGUAUCUCUCUGUUGUUGGAGGAGCUCUCUAUAAAGCAUCAACAAGCAGUGCAGCCAUUGUUUCAGACUAUGUUGGUUACCUUGGCAAAGGUCAAAUUCCACCCAAGCACAUAUCGCUUGUUAAUUCCCAUGUCACUUUGAAUAUUGAAGGAAACAAAUAUACGAUUGAAAUGGUAAGGGGUGGACCUGGUAGCUACAAGUUAAGGAUGAAUGGAUCAGAGGUUGAAGCAGAAAUUCAUACAUUGCGUGAUGGUGGUCUUCUGAUGCAGUUGGAUGGAAACAGUCAUGUGAUAUAUGCUGAAGAAGAGGCUGCUGGUACUCGCCUUCUUAUUGAUGGAAGGACAUGCUUAUUACAGAAUGAUCAUGAUCCAUCUAAAUUGGCGGCUGAGACACCAUGCAAGCUGCUUCGUUUCUUGGUUCCUGAUGGUGCUCAUGUUGACACUGAUGAACCAUAUGCGGAGGUUGAGGUAAUGAAGAUGUGCAUGCCACUUCUACUGCCUGCUUCUGGAGUUAUUCAUUUUGUGAUGUCGGAAGGCCAGGCAAUGCAGGCUGGUGAUCUUAUAGCAAUGCUGGAUCUGGAUGACCCAUCAGCUGUGAGAAGAGCUGAGCCAUUUCAUGGCACAUUUCCAAAACUGGGUCCUCCAACUGCAGUUUCUGGCAAAGUUCACCAAAGAUGUGCUGCAAGUUUGAAUGCUGCGCAGAUGAUUCUUGCAGGCUAUGAACAUAACAUCAAUGAAGUUGUGCAAGAUUUGCUAAACUGUCUAGACAGUCCUGAGCUUCCUUUUCUACAGUGGCAAGAGACCAUGUCUGUAUUGGCUACUCGCCUGCCAAAAGAUCUCAGGAAUGAGCUAGAUGCCAAGUAUAGAGAGUAUGAAACAAUCUCACUUUUUCAGAAGAAUACUGAUUUCCCUGCAAGGUUACUGAGGGGAGUUCUUGAGGCUCAUCUCUUAUCCUGCACCGAAAAAGAAAAGGCCACACAUGAGAGACUGGUGGAGCCUCUGAUGAGUCUCGUCAAGUCAUAUGAGGGUGGACGAGAAAGCCAUGCUCGUGUGAUUGUGCAAUCUCUUUUUGAGGGGUACCUAUCUGUUGAAGAACUAUUCAGUGAUAACAUUCAGGCUGAUGUCAUAGAACGUCUCCGGCUUCAGCACAAGAAGGAUCUCCUAAAGGUCGUUGACAUAGUGUUGUCCCAUCAGGGUGUCAGGAGCAAAAACAAGUUGAUACUACGGCUGAUGGAAGCAUUGGUUUACCCAAACCCUGCUGCCUACAGGGACCAAUUGAUUCGCUUUUCUGGUCUUAAUCACACGACAUACUCUGAGCUGGCACUAAAAGCAAGUCAACUUCUUGAGCAAACUAAACUUAGUGAACUCCGUACAAGCAUUGCCAGAAGCCUUUCAGAGUUAGAGAUGUUUACAGAAGAAGGGGAACGUGUAUCUACACCUAGGAGGAAAAGUGCCAUCAAUGAGCGGAUGGAGGAUCUUGUUAGUGCUCCUUUGGCCGUUGAGGAUGCCCUUGUGGCUUUGUUUGAUCACAGUGAUCCCACACUCCAAAGGAGAGUCGUUGAGACAUACAUACGUAGAUUAUACCAGCCCUACCUUGUCAAGGAAAGUGUGCGGAUGCAAUGGCAUAGAUCUGGUCUAGUUGCUCUGUGGGAGUUCUCUGAAGAACAUAUUGAGAAAAGAAAUGGGUCUGAAGAUCCAAUAGCUGGUAAGCCAUUGGUAGAGAAACAUUGUGAGAAGAGAUGGGGGACCAUGGUUAUCAUCAAAUCCCUUCAGUUUCUGCCAACAGCAAUCAGUGCUGCAUUGAAAGAGACUACACAUUGUUUAAAUUCCAAAGCCGACAAUGAACCAUUCUCAAAUGGGCUACCAGAGCAUGCUAGUCAAGGCAAUAUGCUACAUGUUGCAUUGGUUGGCAUUAAUAACCAAAUGAGCACGCUUCAGGAUAGUGGUGAUGAAGAUCAGGCCCAGGAAAGAAUUAAUAAGUUGGCCAAGAUUUUGAAAGAGAACUCUUUAAGUUCUGGUCUUCAUGAAGCGGGGGUCAGGGUUAUUAGCUGUAUUAUACAGAGGGAUGAAGGCCGAGCGCCUAUGCGCCACUCCUUCCAUUGGUCAGCUGAAAAGCUCUAUUAUGAGGAAGAACCUCUGCUUCGUCACUUGGAACCUCCCCUUUCUACAUUUCUUGAAUUAGACAAGCUGAAAGGCUACAAAAACAUGCAGUACACGCCAUCCCGGGAUCGCCAGUGGCACUUGUACACUGUCCUAGACCCCAAGGCACCCAUCCAAAGGAUGUUCCUGAGGACACUUGUGAGACAACCCAGCAUGACCAAUGGAUUCUCAUCGAGUGAAAUCCUUGACAGUGAAAUAAUUUGCGCACAAUGUCAUUUAUCGUUUGCAUCUGUUAGUAUUUUGAGAUCAUUAAUGGGAGCAUUGGAAGAAUUAGAAUUACAUGUGCAUAAUGCAACCAUCAGAUCAGACCAUUCACACAUGUAUCUUUGCAUCUUACGAGAGCAACAGCUUUUUGAUCUCAUACCAGUUUCAAGGACUGUGGAUGUAAAUGAUGGUCAGGAGGAAUUUACUAUCUGUACAAUCCUGGAAGAAAUGUUUGUAAAAAUUCAUGAAUUGGUUGGUGUACGGAUGCAUCGUCUUGCUGUUUGUGAGUGGGAAGUGAAGCUUUGGCUGGAUUCUAUUGGACUCGCUAGUGGUGCUUGGAGAAUUAUAGUGACCAAUGUUACCGGUCAUACAUGUACCAUACAAAUCUACCGAGAAUUUGAGGACAGUAAAUCACAUGAACUGGUCUACCAUUCUGCCACAUCUGUAUCUGGUCCUUUGCAUGGUGUGCCAUUGACUGCAAGAUAUCAGCCUCUAAGUAUCAUUGAUCGAAAACGUUUAGCAGCAAGGAAGAACAACACUACUUACUGCUAUGAUUUUCCACUGGCAUUUGAAACAGCAUUACGACUGUCAUGGGCAUCUUAUGAUUCUGGUAAUGCCAAAGCCAGGGACAGCAAAGAUCUUCUUAAAGUUACAGAACUCAUGUUUGCCGACAAAAAUGGAGCAUGGGGGACUCCUCUAGUUCCUGUGGAGCGUUCUCCAGGUCUCAAUGAUGUUGGCAUGAUAGCUUGGUUCAUGGAGAUGUCGACACCAGAAUUCCCUAGUGGAAGGAAGAUUAUAGUUGUGGCUAAUGAUGUGACCUUCAAAGCAGGGUCAUUUGGUCCUAGGGAAGAUGCAUUCUUUUAUGCAGUUACCAAUCUGUCCUGUGAGAAGAAACUUCCUCUGAUCUAUUUGGCAGCAAACUCUGGCGCUAGGAUUGGGGUAGCAGAAGAAGUAAAAGCUUGCUUUCGUGUGGGUUGGUCUGAUGAGUUAAGUCCUGAACGUGGCUUUCAUUACAUUUAUCUGACCCCUGAAGAUUAUGCACGUAUUGGCUCAUCUGUGGUAGCACAUGAGGUGAAACUAGAAAAUGGUGAGAGUAGAUGGAUCAUAGACACCAUAGUAGGAAAAGAGGAUGGUUUGGGAGUUGAGAACUUAACAGGAAGUGGUGCUAUUGCUGGUGCUUAUUCGAGGGCUUACAAGGAGACCUUUACUCUGACCUAUGUGACAGGAAGAACAGUGGGCAUUGGAGCUUAUCUUGCUCGGCUUGGCAUGAGGUGCAUUCAGCGUCUGGAUCAACCUAUAAUCCUCACUGGGUUUUCAGCACUGAACAAGCUUCUUGGGCGGGAAGUGUACAGCUCCCAUAUGCAAUUGGGUGGCCCAAAAAUCAUGGCAACAAAUGGGGUUGUUCAUCUUACCGUAUCAGAUGAUCUUGAAGGUAUUUCAGCAAUUCUGAAAUGGCUUAGCUACAUUCCUCCUUACAUCGGAGGUCCUCUUCCUAUAUCAAGAUCCUUGGACCCACCAGAGCGGCCAGUUGAAUACUUCCCUGAGAAUUCAUGUGAUCCCCGAGCAGCUAUUUGUGGCAUUCAGGAUGGCAGUGGCGGGUGGUUAGGUGGUAUCUUUGACAGAGAUAGCUUCAUAGAGACACUGGAAGGUUGGGCAAAGACAGUGGUUACAGGAAGGGCGAGGCUUGGUGGGAUCCCUGUCGGAAUUGUAGCUGUUGAAACUCAGACUAUGAUGCAAAUCAUCCCUGCAGACCCUGGUCAACUUGAUUCUCAGGAGCGGAUUGUCCCACAGGCGGGACAAGUUUGGUUCCCUGACUCUGCCACCAAAACAUCUCAGGCAUUGUUAGAUUUUAACCGUGAAGAACUUCCACUCUUCAUACUUGCUAACUGGAGAGGUUUCUCUGGCGGGCAGAGAGAUCUUUUUGAAGGGAUUCUUCAGGCAGGGUCCACCAUCGUUGAAAAUUUGAGGACAUACAAGCAGCCUGUCUUUGUGUACAUUCCGAUGACUGGAGAGCUUCGUGGGGGAGCAUGGGUUGUCGUGGACAGCAAGAUCAAUCCAGAUCACAUCGAGAUGUAUGCUGAACAGACGGCCAAGGGCAAUGUGCUCGAACCAGAAGGGAUGAUUGAGAUCAAAUUCAGAUCUAAGGAGCUUCUUGAGUGCAUGGGUAGGCUCGACAGGGAGCUGGUAAGUCUCAAAGCAAAGCUUCAGGAAGCAAAGGCAGUUGGAAUCCCUAGUGAUGUGGAGUCCAUCCAGAAGAGAAUAACCUCUCGAGAAAAGCAGUUGUUGCCUGUGUACACUCAGAUAGCCACACGGUUUGCUGAGUUGCAUGAUACCUCCCUCAGAAUGGCAGCUAAAGGGGUAAUAAAUAAGGUAGUUGAUUGGGAGAGCUCGCGUUCUUUCUUCUACAAAAGGUUACACAGGAGAGUUUCUGAGGGGUCAGUCAUAAGGAUUGUUAGAGACGCUGCUGGUGAGCAGUUGCCUCAAAAGUCUGCAUUGGAAUUGAUCAAGAAGUGGUUUUUGGCUUCUGAGCCAGCUGAAUUGGCUGGCAGUAAAUGGGAGGACGACGAUGCUUUCUUUGCCUGGAAGGAUGAUCCAAAGAACUUUGAGAAAUAUCUCAAAGAAUUGCAGGUUCAAAAGGUAUUCUUGCAACUUUCUAGUCUCGGCGAAUCGGCUUCAGAUUUGCAGGCUUUGCCUCAAGGUCUUGCUGCACUCCUCAGCAAGAUGGAUUCCUCUAGCAGAGCUCAGUUAACUGAAGAACUUAAACAGGUGCUUGGACAGUAUUGAAUCAGGUGCUCCGAUCACAACAAAGUGAUCUUAUCCCUGUGAAAAUUGAAAAAGCACCACUGUCACACCACAGUAUCAGGUUGUUGUUGCUUUCUAACAACCUAGUCUCGUUGUCAUUUGCAGCAGUAUUUAUCUUCUGCGGAGAGUGUAUAUAAGGGUAAAUGCCGGUACGAUAUUUUGUACUGGUGAUGUAUUAUUUGUUAUUGAGAGACUAUUUCAGGCAACUAGCAUUCAUCUGGACCUUCCAGUUAUUUGUACGAGUUAAUUGUUAUUAUUUAUGAAUAAGCGUUUCUGGAAUCCAAUUUUUUAUGGAGCACUCCUCAUCUAUGAAUAUGGGGCAAUAGCUGUUAUGUAUUCAUUCACCUGCACCACUGGGUGCUCUCAAGCAGGUGAUAAGAGAAACAAAUGGAGAGAAAAGAAGGAAGAGGUGAUGUUUGGGAGGCCUAAAGAAAGAUGGUGAUCAAUGCCAUGCCAGAAAGAUGGUGAUCAAUUCCAUGCCAGAAAACAGAGCAUUUGGAAGAGUAAAGGUUAACGUGUCAUGUAAGUUCAGAAAAAAAUUAAAAGAUGUAAAAAUCUUGUCACUGAGGGUACUUCACCUCCAUGUUAACUCUUAUGGUUUCUAAGAGGCAUUUGACGAGGGCAUAAUAUUAUUCUGUGAUA